GUGAAAGAUAUUACCUCUGUUUAUUAUUGACAAAGAUACCUGGUGCCAAAAGCUUUGACGAACUUAAAACAAGACAUUCAAAAAGCGUUACAGAUUUUGAUUUACCAGAAUUUUUGCCUGAAUACACUAGCAGUGAUUUACCAAGUGUUAUUCUGGAAGAAUUAAAUUAUAAUAUUACUCAAGAAGAUCUUCUAAAAGCCAAUAUAAUAGAUAGUGGUACUGAGCCUAUAGUAGAAAGCAAUUUGAUACGACUUCCGGAUGAAAUUGUCAUUCGUUCUCAAGAUAGUGAAGACCCCGUUAGUUUAUUAUUAAAUGCAGUUUAUCCUAACAUAGCAGAAAAUGCUACAAAUAAUAUAUUCAUCACUGAAAGAGCAAUACUGAUACUAUUAAACCAUACCGGCAACGAAAUUAAUGAGUUAACAAUACAGAAAUUUCCUG